AUGUCUGAUGCACCGUGCGCUGACGCAUCCACCGUGUCCCAGAAAAGGCUGCGCAACCGGCUGUCUCAGCAAGCCUUUAGGAAACGACAGAGCGCUUACAUCAAAGAUCUGGAAAGACGCUUAGAAAUAAGAGGCAAUGACGAGACCGGGCAGAUCGCCCAGCUGGAGAGCGACAACCGCGCUCUACGGGAGCAGCUCACGUCGGCCUGCGCCAAGCUCGAACGCAUCCAGAUCACCCUAAGAUCGCUGUCAAGUUCAAUGAUGAGCCAUGUAUCUCACGGCGCGGAAACCGGCCUUCCGACUCCUCAGGCUUCGUUGCCCAAGUCGACUUUGGACACGGAAGAUGAGGGCGACACGACGGCGACAGCUGAAGUAACGGCUCAGGACCAAACCAGCCCGACCACGUCGCCCGAAACUGCCAGCUGCGCGAACGAGACGUCAAGGCCAGAGUCGCAAGAAGAUGCCGGGGUUCUCUUUCCUUCAGCCCCGCCCGACGCCUUGCAGGUAGAUAACCUCGAGGUGGGCGACGGGAUGGUAGAUCACCACGAUGCUCUCGCUACCGGCGUUCUGGUCCCGGGUGGGCCAGAGUCGUUGAGUUUGGAAAUGUCGGCCCUUCUUGAGAGAGUCUCGGGUAUUCGAGGCUUGCCGGGUAUAUGGACGCACGACUAUCAGAUGGGCCCUGCAAGCUUCCAAGCCCGGAGCCCUGACGCCGAGAAGACGAGCCGGGCGCUCGCUACUACCAACUCCUCAUUUUCGGAUCAUAUGCAGAUGAUAAGAGCAUGUUUGGUAAAGAAAUGGCAAAAGGCCAGCAAGCUACAGCCCAAAUCAGCCACGACAGAUGCCCUUCGACUCUCUGCCACGGUUAUGCUGUCGCUUUUCCAUAGCCUCAGUCGGCCCGCGGCUCUCACUUGGUACACGGCCACUAGGUUCCAGGAGAACGUUGCCGAUCUGCUUCUCUGGCAGAUGAACCGAUCUCGUCUGGUCUACUCACGCCUCCACGCAAGCUAUAGACCCUCGGCACUGCAGCUCUUUGAGCAGUACCCCUCCGUUAUCGACUGGUGUCCAUUCCCGACCAUCAGAGACAAGCUAAUCCUCCUACACGCUGCAAAUCCUUAUCUAGAUCAAAUCAUCUGCGAUAUCGCAACCGCUUAUGCGGUCGAGGUUGAUGCAAAUAAGUUGAUUCUUGGACAAGUGGGCCGGGGCUACAUCCGGGUCUGGGAUCUGGUGUGCGCCUUCGAAACAGAGGACACUGACGGUGACGAUACUGGUUCAGGCAUUAUGCUCAACUAUCUAUCAGGUGGCGACUUUACGGACGGCCAGCUUUCCUUCUUCCUCCCUGCGCCUAGCGUUGAAUGCCUGUUUGAGCCUCACUAUGCUAGGGAGGCUUUCAGGGCCCUUGGUCUAGAUGAUGGAGUGCCGCGAUUCAAGGUUGACCCCAGCCUCUUUGUACAAUACCCCGAGCUAUACGACCCUGGUGCCGAUAUAAUAGCCAUGGGAACUGCCAUUGCGCCCAAGGUCCAGACGAAGAUACCUCGCCCGACCUUGCCGAGACAAGAGACUAUGAAGAUUUAUCAGAAUGUCGCGGAUUGGUGUGUCAACGGCAUCUGCAAUGCGUCACUAGUGUAA